AAUCGCUCUGGGACAGGCUCACCAUCGCAUGCAUUUUCUUCGCUGCAAGAGACUCUCAGUAUAACCAGUCAUGGCUAGGAAAAGAAAGGCCGGAAAGCCCAGCGACCAACCAGCGCCGUCCUCGAGCCGCGACCGAUAUGAUCCUGAAGAAAGGUUCGAUGAUUCCGAGGAUGAAUUUUUCGCUGGACAAGACAAGAUUCUGCUUGACGAAGGGCCGGCGGCCAAAAGGCGACGGAGGCUAGAAGAGCAGGAGAAAGAUUUACAACUCUCAGAUGAGGAGGUCUACCGAGAAGACGACACUGAGGACGAGGACGAAGACGAGGACGAAGAGGAUGCAGAGACAGCCGGUCCAGAUGGCGUAGGGGACGAAGAAGACGAAGAGAACUGGGGAACUUCCAGGGCCGACUACUACAAUGCGGACGUGAUUGAGACAGAAGCAGAUGCACUCGAGGAAGAGGCGGAAGCACGUCGGUUGCAGCAAAAGCAGCUGACUGCGAUGACUGAGGCCGACUUUGGCUUUGACGAAAGCGCUUGGGUCGACGAGAGCCAGAAGACGCAGGACAGACGGCCGGCCGUGGAGAAGCUACCUGAAAUCCAGAUACCUGAGAACGCGACAACCGAAGAGCGCUUGCAGAUGCUAAAAUCGAGAUAUCCCGAAUUCGAGCCUCUGUCCAAAGACUUCCUGGCGCUGCAAGAUACGUAUCGAAUCUUGAAGAAAGAAAUUGACCUUCCGAGUGUGAAAGUCAGCCAGGAAAAUCAGAGGAAGGUUUCUCUGACCAAGUUUCGGGCUUUGUCUUCAUAUCUGGGCUCGAUUGCGAUGUACUUGGCCCUUCUGACGUCGUCGAAGACUGGAGUCGCUCUGGCUCCCGGUCAGUUACGAGAGCACCCUGUUAUGGGCAAUCUUGUGCGAUGCCGCCAACUGUGGCAUGACGCCCAGACUUUGCGGGCUGUUGAGGUACCUGUCGACCGAGAGAAGAAAGUGAGCAUGGCGGAGGAAGAUAUCAUGCCUCUGAAGACUGUAGCGCCUGUCGUGGAACAGAAGAAGAAAGAAAAGAAAGUCAAGAAGCAGACAUCUGAACAAGUUCCUUCUGAGACGGUGGCGGAGGCCAUCAAGCCUAAGAAGUCGCGGAAGUCGAAACGGAACGAUCUACAGGAACUUCUCACGGCUUCAAUGGAGAAACCUGCAGAGGACGAAUCGGACUUUGGUGACGAAGCACCUUUGACCACCGAAGAGGCAGCGGAGAAGGCAAGACGGAAGAAGAGUCUGCGAUUCUACACUUCUCAAAUUGCGCAGAAAGCCAACAAGAGAGGAGCCGCUUCACGGCAGGCUGGAGGAGAUGAUGAUGUCCCUCACAAGGAACGUCUGAGGGACAAGCAAGAAAGGCUCAUGCGUGAGGCCGAGCAAAGAGGUCGGGCCGACGUGCACGGCGACGAAGCAUUCAAUGACUCUGGCGACGAGAGUCUUGCAGGCCGAGACUUGAAUGACGACGCGAACGAAUAUUACGACAUGCUGGUGAAAAACAACAAGCUGAAAAAGGCCGACAAGCGUGAGAAGGCCGAAGCGUAUGCAGAAGCCGCUCGACAGGGGGCUCAAGUUUACGAGGAAGAACAAAUCGGUCCAGACGGCAAGAGAAAGAUCACGUACGCGAUCGAGAAGAACAAGGGUCUCACGCCGAAGAGGAAGAAGGAUGUGCGCAACCCACGUGUCAAGAAGAGGAAGAAGUACGAUGAGAAGAUGAAGAAGUUGAGCUCAAUACGCCAGGUUUACAAAGGCGGCGAGGGCAGAGGCGGGUAUGGAGGAGAAGCCACUGGUAUCAAGACGAACGUCGUCAAGAGUAUCAAGCUGUGAAUGGAAUACGAUUGGGAAUGACCAGCACACUUUUUCUGGACGUCUAUCCUUUCCGUUCCCCCAUGCACAAUCCAAAACCUAUCCGCUCUCUACAUGCCAAAUCUCUUAUGCUGUACAACAUCGGAAAACCAUUACGCUUGAAGUGCAUCAAAUGAGGAAAAUGUAAGCUCAACCAACUUGAUAACCAUAACGCCGUUUUGGAGCUCAUCUCAUCGGGCGCCCAUCCAGCUCAUUCGUGAUGGUGGCGCCGGCUUUCGUUUCGCUCGAGUCGAUUUCG